AUGAAUGUCAACAAAGUGAACUCCAGUUCCUCUGACAACAUAAGUUCAGAUGGAGCAGUAGAUGGCCCGGGCCCCCCGCCUAGUUUCCAGGCCAAUGAGGUUGUGACCGUGGUCAUCUACAUAGUGGUCUUUGUGGUGGGUGUCCCGGGCAAUGCGCUGGUACUGUGGGUAACAGUCUGGGAGGCCCGGCGGUCUGUUAACGCCAUCUGGUUCCUCAACCUGGCUGUGGCCGACCUCCUCUCCUGCCUGGUGCUGCCCAUCCACAUCAUGACUGCCCUCAUGCACGGCAACUGGCUUUUAGGUCACGCGGCCUGCCACAUCCUGAUCUCGCUCUUCUACCUGAACCUCUACGCCAGCGUCCUGCUCCUCGCCACCAUCAGCGUUGAUCGCUUCCUCAUGGUCUGCAAGCCCAUCUGGUGCCAGAAGUACCGCGUGGCCCAGCGGGCCUGGCUGGCCAGUGGCGUGGCCUGGAUGCUGGCUCAGGUGCUCACCAUCCCGUACUUCAUGUUCGGAGAAUUCUUCGAGGACUCCCUUUCCCAAAUGGCCCAUUGUGGUGUAAUCUUAACGAUUGGCAGAGAAGAUUUUGACCUUGUUCUCAACGUCAUGCUCUUUUCCCUGAGUUUCCUGGGCCCCCUGGUCACGAUGAUCAUCUGCUACAGUUGCCUCUUGCUUCGGGCCUGGCGCCAGAAGGCCACGCGCUCCACCAAGACCCUCAAGGUGGUCGUGGCCGUAGUGACCAGCUUUUUCGUCUUCUGGCUACCCUACCAGGUUUACAGGAUGAUAUUAGUCAUGUGGGCCAUAAACUCCCACAUAUCAAUAUAUGUCACCCCAUGCAGGCUAGACAUGGCCCUGGCUUACGUCAACUGCUGCAUCAACCCCAUUAUCUAUGUGGCUGCUGCCCGGGGCCUCCACAUCCGGGUCUUCAAGUUCCGGCCUGGCCGGCUUCGUCAACUGCUGACCGAAGACUAG